AGUCGGUCACACCAUAAAAUACUCACACAACACCGCAACACACAUACGCCUAUGCACACGCACACAAAUGCGCACUUGACUUCCACAGUUUCUUUAUUUUGUGCAGAAAAAAGUACUUAGUAUUGCCGCUAAGCGAACGAAAUUCAUUGUGUACGCGAUUACGAAUACUGCAAAAGUGUACUUUAUAAUGCUAGCAGCUGCUUAAAACAGCAGCUAAUUAAAGUUAUUGUUACGGACUUGAAUUUGGAGUUGUUGUCAUACCCAGCCCCCCCAUUACGAUUGUACGUGGCGUUUGCGAAACCGAAUCUGAGUCUGAAUCGGUCAACAAGCGGUCGAGGUCGUAAGCAAGCAAGUGCUAAUAGAUUUUUAUUGUCACGGUGGGCACGGCCACGACUUCGGGGCAGACCGAUUGCUAGCAUGGCGGACGCUGCGGCAAAGCCUGCCGCCGAAAAGGGCGGAGGCGAUCCCGAAAUGAAGGGAUGGCUUUUAAAGUGGACAAACUAUAUCAAAGGCUACCAACGUCGCUGGUUUGUUCUGUCGAAGGGUGUCCUAAGCUAUUAUCGAAACCAAUCAGAGAUCAAUCACACUUGCCGUGGCACAAUAUCGCUCCAUGGAGCGCUCAUCCACACCGUGGACUCCUGCACAUUUGUCAUCUCGAACGGUGGCACACAAACCUUCCACAUUAAGGCAGCCAACGAGGUGGAGCGGCAAUCUUGGGUUACAUCGUUGGAGCUGGCCAAAGCCAAAGCUAUUCGUGCUAUUGAAAGUGAAGAGGAGGAGGAAGAGGAGACGGCACAGGUGGUGCCCAGCCAAGAGAUCAGCACUGUUGUGCGCGAUCUAACCGAACGUCUGGAAAAUAUGCGUACCUGCUACGACCUAAUUACGAAGCAUGGUGCAGCACUCCAGCGUGCUUUAAAUGAUCUAGAAUCUAAUGAAGAGGAAUCUCUGGCCAGUCGCACAAAGAUUGUCAAUGAACGGGCCACGCUAUUUAGGAUUACAUCAAAUGCAAUGAUAAAUGCUGGCAACGACUAUUUGCGCUCAGCUGAAUCACAAGGCCAUAAAUGGUCCAAAAUGCUGCACCACGAGCGUGAGCAGCGCCAGCGACUGGAGGAGAUCAUCGAGCAGAUGGCCAAGCAGCAAUCUCAAAUGGAACAAGCUGCCGUAUUCGUACGCCGGAAUAAGCCGCUGCCAAUGUCAUCGUCAAGCACAAUGGUGUGCAUGACUCCUGGAGCUCCUGGCACAAACUUGACUUCCGACGAUGAAACUGAGUUCUAUGACGCCGAGGAAUAUGGCUAUGAUCGAACAGGCGACUCGCCCAUAGACAGCACAUUCAUACUGAAGCUUAACAAGCGGCGUAGCAGCUCCGAGGAUCAAGUUGGCUCCGAGGGCCAUACAGGCAGCUCUUCGGAAAGCGACGAGCAAAGACGAACCAUCCAGACCGUGCAGCAGGUGUGUCUCAUUAGCGCCGCACGCGUUGCCUCCGGCGGCGAUGACAACAAUGGAGACAAGGUCGAUGAAGCUUCGAAAUCACAAACAGAUCUUGUGAGAAGGGCAUCAACUAACAGAGCUAGCAAAUCAGGCAAUAAGGUGGUCAGUCGACGCACGCGAGUCCCGGAUAAGCCAAAUCACUCGGUUAACCUGUGGUCCAUCAUGAAGAACUGCAUUGGCAAGGAUCUGUCCAAAAUACCCAUGCCCAUCAAUUUCAAUGAGCCGCUCUCCAUGCUGCAACGCUUGGCGGAGGACUAUGAGUAUUGCGAAGUGCUGGAUCAUGCAGCUACGCUAACAGACGAAUCAGAGCAGCUGGCCUAUUUGGCGGCAUUUGCUGUUUCCACAUAUGCGACAACCGCGGUGCGUACGGGCAAACCGUUUAACCCAUUGCUAGGUGAGACUUACGAGUGCGAUCGCAUGGAUGAUCUGGGCUUUCGCUAUCUGGCUGAACAGGUGUCGCAUCAUCCGCCAAUAGCCGCUCUUCACUGCGAGGGUAAGCAAUGGGUUUGUUGGCAAGAAUUUUCCAUGACGAGCAAAUUCCGUGGCAAGUAUUUGCAGGUGAAUCCUCUGGGCGGGGCGUACAUUUUGUUCCCCAAAAGUGGACAUCGCUACUCCUGGCGCAAAGUGACAACAACUGUGAACAACAUAAUCGUUGGAAAGAUCUGGGUGGAUCAGCAUGGAACGAUGGAAAUAGUGGGCUCCAAUGCAGCGCAUGGAAACAAGUGCAUCCUGAACUAUAAGCCUUAUUCCUACUUCAGUCGUGAGGUGCAGCGCAGCGUGAAGGGCGUGGUUAUCAAUCGCAAUAAUGAAGCUAAAUGGGUGGUGCGCGGGACGUGGGAUGAUAAAAUCGAAAUAGCGCCAGUGCUGGAAACGAGUGGCACUGCGGACAAUCCAACAUACACCACAGGCGAAUACAAGGUGGCAUGGCAAUGUCGCCCACCUCCACCGGACUCAGAAAAGUAUUAUAACUUCACCACGCUUGCCUGUCAGCUGAAUGAGCCGGAGGAUGGCGUAGCGCCAACGGAUUCUCGUAAUCGACCCGAUCAGCGUCUCAUGGAGGAGGGUAGGUGGGAUGAGAGCAACAAGGAGAAAGUGCGCCUCGAAGACAAACAGCGAACGGUGCGAAGAGCACGUGAAGCCGAGGCCGAGAAAGCAGCGGCCGAGGGACGGCCAUACCCCGUGUACGAGCCGAUGUGGUUCAAGCGCGAGAAGGUGGAGGGUAGCGAUGAAUUUGUGCACGUCACGAAAAACACAUAUUGGGCGGCUAAAGCGGCCCAGAAUUGGAACGGCUGUCCAGAUAUCUAUUAAGAAACAAACGCCGCACUCUUAUGUGAAUUAAUU